AUGUUUUCUUAUUUAUUUUUCACCUUCUGUCCCUCCUCCCAUAACUUCCUUUUUCUUUUUGUUCUUCCUCUCUUUUCAUGUUUCUUUCUUUCAAUUCACCCAUUUUCUUUAUAUUCUUUGUUCAUUCUGUCCUCUUCACUUGUCUUUUUCAACCAUACUUUAUUCCUCCCUUCAUUUUCAUGUUCCAAUUUUUUUUAUUUUCUCAUCUUUCUUUUUCUUCUUUCUGCCUUUUCUUUCCUUUUCUUUCCUCUUUUUUCCUCAUCUUUUUCUUUUCCAUAUGUUUUUCUAUUUUUUGUUUUCCUCAUCUUUUUCUCUCUUUUUUUCUUCCCAAUUGUUUCUGCUUUUUCUUUCCUUAUCUCUCCUCUUUUUCUCAUCUUUUUCUUUUUCGUGUGUUUUUGUAUUUUUUGUUUUCCUCAUCUUUUUCUCUCUUUUUUCUUCCUGAUUUUUUCUGGCAUUUUUUCUUUUCUCACCUCUUUUUUUUCUCGUCUUUUUCUUUUCCAUGUCUUUUCCUAUUCUUUAUUUUCCUCACCUCUUUCUCUCACUUUCUUCUUCCUGAUCAUUUCUGCUUAUUCUUUCCUUUACUCUCAUUUUUACCCCCUUUUCUCCUCACCUUUUCCUUUUCCAUGUGUGUUCCUAUUUUCCCAUCUGAUGAUCCUGAAUGCUUUCAUUUUUUCUUAUUUUUCUCUCUUCAUAUUCUCCUCUUCCCACAACUUUCUUAUGCAUUGCAAUCUUUUCUUUUAUUUUACUGCUUUUCUCUCUCUACCUCAUUGUAUAUUUACUCCUCUUCCCACAACUCCCAUGCUCUCAUAUAUUUUUAAUCUUUCUUGUCUUCCUCAUUCUUCUCUUCAUUUACUCCUCUUCCCACUACUUCUCAUUCUCCAACUCUCUUAUAUAUUUUUAAUCUCUUUCUUCUCUUCCUCAUUCUUUACAUUUACUCCUCUUCCCACUACUUUUCUCCUCAGACUCUCUCGAAUACCACUUGGAUUCACCAUUCUUGAAUGGUUUAAUUCUAUUUACCCCAAACUUGAUGAAAGCAAUCGACCUUUGGAGUGUAUUCAAGAAGCCGGGGAAAUUUUUUAUUUGCCAGAAUCCUUUUAUCAUGGAACCAUAAAUAUUGGAGACACAGUGGCUAUUGGGAUGCAGAAGAAAGAACCAGUAACUGAAAUUGAGAAGCUCUUCUAUGAAGAACUUAAAUACCAAUCCGAAAUACACCAAGUGAAGCACCAAGCCAGCCAACUAACUGAUUACCAAAAAAAUUAUAUGAUCAACAAGCAAACACAAAUUCACGAGUCCCUACUAAAACUUCUACCUGGUAAUGCUGAAGUUCACCUCAAAUUAUCAGAAUCCUAUUCUUUAGCUGGGAGAAUCAAUGAAGCUUUCACACACAGCACAAAGGCCACAGAACUUGAUCCACUAUUUGUGGUUGCCCAUCUUGCCAUUGCCAAUCAGUUUUUUAAGUUGGGGAAAAACUCAGAAGCUGAAAAGACAUUCCAAAAAGCAAUGCAAUUAAACCCUCGAUUGUGGGACAUUUACGCCCAAUAUGGAACCUUCCUGAUUGACACGCAUCACACAAAAAAAGCAAUUAAAAUCUUCCAAAAAGGUAUUGAACUUGAGCCAAAUAUGACUGCUUUCUGGUAUCAUUUGAUGCGGGCCCAGAUAGAAUUGGGUGACACAGAAGGAGCCAAGAUGUCUUCUCAACACAUGGAACAACUAAAUGCACAGUCUUGA